UAAACUGAUAACAUCUCUCGAAAAUCAAUCAUAACUUUUGAAGGUUGCUUAGCAACCAAAUAAGGUAUAAACAUAGUAACUUCAGUAGCUUUUCCUUUCGAUACUGAAAGUUUUACUGAAAAAUGUUCAUUUGGGAGGACAAAGAAGUGAGAUUUGAUAUUCCGUUUACUGAAAUGAGACUCAGAUCUGGAGAAAAAAUAAUAGAUUGUCUAGAAGAUAUUGAAGAUACGAAAGGCAAUGCUGGAGAUAGGGGCAGAUUGGUUGUAACCAAUCUGAGAAUUUUAUGGCAUUCCAUAACCAGCCCAAGAAUAAAUCUUACUAUCGGUUUCAAUUGUAUUUUGUCGAUUAAUACGAAAGAGGUCAAUUCCAGGGUGAAUAGUACUGCAAAAACUUUACAUAUGCUAACGAUGUCCAAUAAAACUAGAUUUGAGUUUAUAUUCACCAAUUUGGUGCCAGGAAGUACACGAUUAGUAACAGUUUCAGGAGUUCAUAGGGCUUAUUUAUCGUCAAAACUGUAUAGAGAGAUCAAGCUGAGGGGUGCUCUAGUACAGAAUAAACAAUUGAAAAUUCUACCCUUGGAACAUGUCUAUACCACUGUGGAUGGAGUUUGGAACUUAUCUAGUGACCAAGGAAGUUUGGGAACAUUUAUUGUAACCAACGUACGAUGCGCUUGGUUUGCUUCAAUGAACGAAGGAUUCAACAUCUCUUUACCUCAUAUUCAAAUCAUCAGUAUUAUCAUUCGAGACUCUAAGUUUGGACCAGCACUUGUUAUAACGAGUUCUGAAGAAAGUGGAGGCUACGUUCUUGGUUUCCGUUUAGAUUCCGAAGAAAACAUGAGUAAAUUAUAUAAAGAAAUUACUGUUAUACAUACUACCACCAACAAUAAUCCCAUAUACGGUGUGGAAUAUAAAUUGUCCGCUCUUUCAAAUGAGGAGCAGAAUUCAGACAUUUUACAAGAUGCCGAAGUAAUCGAAGAUCCAAAAGGUGAAAUAACGAAUACAAUAGCUGCAUAUUUGGCCGAGGGUGUAAACAAAUCGGACAGACCUAUUUAUAGCCUGGAAUUGGGAUUGGCUGUUGAGAGUAUUAAAAAUGGUUUCACGAUACAAAAGCUUUGGGAAGUCAUUCCUCCAACAAAUUAAAAAAAUCCGAAACCCAUUUAUUAGGUCAAAAGUAUUUUUGUUCAUCCUACCUCACUCCUGCAUACCUAUCUACAUUAUGCGCACAUGAUUAACGAAACAAAAAAUUAUUGGAGGAAUUCUUCUUGAUUCUUUCA